AUGGCUUCUACAGAAACAGGACAGCAGGGCGAACAGACUAUUGCCACCCUGGAAUGGACCCUCAAGGUUGAAAAGAUCUCAAGCGCCGUGAAGUUGAUUCUGAAGGCCCCGGGACAGGACACAAGUCGCCAGGGGUUACGAAAGUCCCCAGAGCGAGUUGCUAAAGCCCUGACUUUCUUUACUAGGGGUUACAACCUCGACCUAAGUACCAUUCUCAAAGAUGCCAUAUUUUACGAAGAUCACCAGGGCUUAAUCAUCGUCAAGGAUAUUGCAUUCUCCAGCUUAUGUGAACAUCACCUGAUUCCUUUCGUGGGCAAGGCCCAUGUCGGGUACAAACCUAACGGAAAGAUUGUUGGCUUGUCCAAGAUGGCGCGUGUUGUUGAGACUUUUGCCAGGCGGCCUCAAGUGCAAGAGCGUCUCACAACGCAGGUGGUACAAUGCUUGUUCGACGUACUGCAGCCUCGAGACGUGGCUGUCGUAAUUGAGGCGACUCAUCAGUGCAUGGUCAUGCGAGGUGUUGAGAAGACAACGGCGACAACAACGACAACGCGCUUCAUGGGGGAAUUUGAGACCACCAGGGAUGCUAAAGAGGACUUUUGGAGGUCUCUAGGCAGAUAG